AUGGUACAACCUCAGGGACACGACCCCAUGGAGGACGCCUGGACACAGGACAGAACCAUCAGUCCUCACCCCAUGAGGACCAUAAGGACUCAACAUGGUCUGAGGACUGACCUGAGACUGAGAGGACCAGCAAGACCCUCACACCUGCUCAAACACAUGGGACAGACCUACAGACAGACCUACAGACUGACCUACAGACAGACCUACAGAAAGAUCUACAGACUGACUUACAGACAGACCUACAGACAUACCUACAGACAGACCUACAGACACAUCUACAGACUAACCUGCAGACAGACCUACAGACUGACCUGCAGACAGACCUACAGACAGACCUACAGACUGACCUACAGACAGACCUAA